AUGCCGCGCAUCAACGUUGCGUCCACGACGUCCUUGAAGCGCCAAACGCUACGCCGUGCGCUGCGGAUGGGGCAAGGCGCCAUCUUGUCCAACCUCUGCCUCGCGUUCGCGACAAUCGUGGCGUUCUGUACCUAUAGCCUCGAGCAAAUCGCCAACGCCGACGUGUACAUGGGCUUGGUGCACAACGCGUUCGAUUCGAAUCAGUUCCACGUCCCGGUCUUUACACUGCUGGAAGGAGCCUCGACGCUGCGCCUCGAAGGCACAACUCAAAUUGCCCGCGGCUCGAUCUCUCUGAGCCACCUCUUGUACCACGCGUGCGGGAUCCACGACAUGGCGUGCGCGACCGCGUUUCUUCCAGACACGAACCAGAUCUGGUCCCACAUUGGGCUCGCAUUCCACCAGAUUCCAGAUUUUGAGACUCCGCGCUUUCAGGACACAUCCGAGGACAUUCGAUUCCAGCACGUCAACAGUCUCAGUGGCUGGAACAAGGCGCUCGUUCAGUACUAUAUUCCCGGGUACGCCACUGCGAUCACGUGCAUGAUACGCCGGGCCAACUACUCGAUCAAUGGUGACGCGAGCCUCGUCGACACGCUAGCUUUUUGCAGUCACCGGGCAUAUGAUCCAAAAUGGCGCUGUGAAAACGACGUACCGGACGAUACGCGCUUCUUCCUCUUCCAACUCCGCAUGGCCGAGUCCGUCUACUUGGGCUCAUUGCUUAUGCGCGACGUCUAUUUCAACCCUGGAGCCACGGCAACCGCGGUGCGAGGAGCACAUGGCGACACGACUCUUGGUCCCGUUACGGCCGUCGACGAGUACCAAGCGGGCGUCUUGCAAGCGAGCGCGCCGUGGGACGUGCUGCCCGCUUCGCGCUGCUACGACUACGACCCGAGUACGGGCCUCGGGUGGCUCUUACAAAUGCAAGGCCGCGUCAACGUACGCUGGGCCUGCAGCUCCAUCUUGCGCAUGAACACGAUCUUGCUGUGGAUUUUGACGGCCUACUACACGACGCUGCAGUGGCUCUUCGCACGGCAGAGCCGCAUCUGCCUCGUCGCUGUCUGUCUCUCCAAGAACGUACUUGGCAUCACGGUGCUCUUUGUUACGAUCUGGGGCAAUGCGAAUCUGCAGACGCUCACCACGUACUUUGCUCAAAAUCCGAUUGCGUCGACGAAAACAAACAUUUUGGCCCUUUGCGGCCCGCGCUUGUCGCGUCCAUUGUCGCUGUGCUUUACGCCUCGCGUCGUGACCCAAACGUGGCUCCUCACGCUCUUUACAUUGCUCAACUGGGGUCUCAUUUUUGGCCUCGAAGUGUCGGUGUUUCCCUACUUGAAUUUGAGCAUACCGGGGCCUUGUGGCUUUGCGUCGUCGACCAACUGCAUUCACUUGACGGCGAUUCCGCAGACGUACUACCUCUCGGCAGUCGUGGCAGCUGUCGUUGUUGUCGUUGCAGUCGGAACGAUUCGACUGCAUGCGCGCUGCUUUCGCGACACCUUGCGUGUGCCUCCGACGCACUCGGUGUUGCAGUACCUCGGCGUGCAAGAUCUCCGAGAGAUUGCCACGUCAGGCCGCGGCUGCGUCUUUCGCAACUUUGAUGGAGAGAUUGUCGUCGACCAUGGUCUCUUGGUGAUGAAGAACAUGCUGCGCAUCACGAAUACGUACCUCACGCGCCUCGCGAAUGCGCAGUACGAUCUCCUCCAUUGGUUCUUACCACGCUACGUUCGCUCGGCCCUGGCGCACAAGUUCCGGACGAUCCUUGUUGUCCAUAUUGAGAACGACAAAAUCACGCGCCGGUCGUACUACGUGCCGAUGCACAGCGUGCAUGUUGACGGCGACGCCGUGUGCGGGCUCGGGUUUUCUUAAGGCCACAAAUUUCCUAAAUCGAAGAGACGCUUAAUAAAUUAAAGUACGGG